UGAUGUACUGCUUAUUUUAAUUUAACGGUAGAACUUCAUCUAAACAAAUGUGCAAGAAUUUAAUUUUUGCAUGAAAUCAUUUGUAAUGAAAAUUAUUUUUUUCCCGAUUUACUUUAUCUGCAUCGGAUUAUAUUUAAUCAUGCUUACAAAAAUGGGAAAGCGCAAAGUAAAAAAAGCAAAGAAAACCACAGAUUCCGUUACUGAAGAAAAACGACGCCAGCUGAAUGAACUUAAACAAUUUGCUAUCGAUUCCUUUUCAGAAUAUGAAACUUAUCUUCUUGGUUUAAUUGAAGAAAAAGGUAACAGAGUAAAAAAACUUUAUGCAGACAAAUUGAAAUCAAUACCAGAUAAUAUAAGACAUAUGACUAUAGCACAAAUGAUUGAACAGCAAGAAAAAGAAAAUCUUAAAUUUGAAUCCUCAAAGAAGGAAGAUGCUAUUCGAUCUGUCAUUGAAAGUGGCAAAUUGAUGUCAGAGAAGAAGAAAACUUUGAAAAAAGAAAAAAAGAGAAGUCUAAGUGCUUCUGCUUCUGCACGACCAUUAGCUGUAUCUCGUCCACCUACCAAUACAUUUUCACGGCUGAGUCGUACCGCAAGUGAAUCGGCACUAAACACACCAUGUAAAUCAAAUCGAUUGGGUAAUAUGGUCGUCACUCCAAAAUUUAAUCCUAAAUUUCCAGUUAGCUCAAUGGCCAGAGUUCCCAAACCUGGUGAGCUUGUAAUGUCAAUGUCUGGAAGUCCUCUUCAAAACAUUGUGAGUGAAGGAAAAGUUACACUGUCCCUUGGGGGUGGAAAGGUUUUUCAAAUAAGUGAAGACACAGACUUGGAGAAAGAACUGAAAGCAGAAAUUGAUGAACCUUUGAAAAAGACUUUUAAGAAUUUGAGGGAGCAAUUAGAUAAAAUUCUUCAAGCAUGAAAAUUUUAAUGUGAUAGUUAUGCCUAUUGUAAAGAUGUAUUUCAUACUUGAAAAUUUAUAUUUUUUAUAUAUAUUAGUGGAUAUUUACAUAAGUAAAGCAUAUGCAUUUAUACAUAAUUUUAUGUAAUUUUCUACUUACCUGUUUAUAUAAACAAAAAUGUCUUUUACCAUUUUUUAAAAACUGAUUUGUUUUCUCUAUUUUAACUGCCCAAUUUUCCAUAACACAACCAGAGAAACGGGGGGGGGGGACUUUAAUAAGAUGUCAUAUAUUUUUAAACUCCCCAUCUACAAUGCAAAAUGUCAAUGCUGUGAUGAUUGUCUGUAAUAUUAGAUUUAAUUUUGCUGGAGCCUUAUUUGUUAAUUUUAAAAAUUAUAUUUAAAAUUGUCUAGUGUUUUAUCCAAGAAAAUGGCAACAUUUUCUACUAAUUGACAAUAUCUG